AUGCUCGGAAGACGUGCUUUAUCUACUUUGAUCCCACCAAAGAUUGUUUCUGCUAAGAACCUAGGUUCCGCUCCAAACGCACAACGUAUCACGCAAGUCGUUCAAUUCUACAAAGCUCUACCUCAGGGUCCAGCUCCUGCCUACAAGCCUUCUGGCUUAGUUGGAAGAUACAAGGCCAAGUACUUUGACGGUGACAACGCCAGCGGGAAGCCCUUGUUGCAUCUCGCGGGUUUCAUCCUCGUUCUAGGUUACUCCAUGGAAUACUACUUCCAUUUGAGACACCACAAGGGCGGAGAGGAGCACUAA